AAAAUGGAGCGCAUAAGACCUGUGAAUGAAGUUGUGUAUUUCCUUAUAUUUCUUAGCUUGGUAGCAACUUGCAGUACCAUUAGCGCAACUCAGUCAUGUAUAACGGAAUCAUCAAAGAUUUGUGCAGCUUCUUCUUCUUCUUCCCAGAUCCCAGUUGGGAAGAAGCACUUCGUGUUGAUUCACGGGGCCGGUCACGGAGCGUGGUCUUGGUACAAGGUGGCGGCGUUACUGAAAUCUUCCGGUCAUAAUGUAACGGCUCUGGACUUGGGAGCAUCAGGAAUCAACCCGAUCCAGGUUCAGCAACUCCCUUCGUUCUCCGACUUCGUUGAACCGUUGACAAAGAUCAUGGUGUCACUGCCGCCAAAGGAAAGGGUUAUUCUGGUGUCUCACAGCAUGGCCGGAGCUACAAUAGCGGUUUUCAUGGAGAAGUUCCCUGAGAAAAUUGCGGCAGCCGUGUAUGUCUCUGCCUUUAUGUCAGGUCCUACUCUCAAUUACUCCACCAUUUUUACAGAGAUAAACAAACGAUUGGAUUAUAUGGAUUCUGAAUUUAGAUAUGACAACGGGAGCAAUAAUUCUGCAACCUCCUUCCGCUUUGGGCCGAAGGUCUCGGAAAACUUGUACCAGCUAUCUCCACCAGAGGAUUUAACACUAGGGAUUUCGUUGGUGAGAUUUUCCCCUCUAUACGACUACGAUCUUAUGAAACUCACAGAGGAGAAAUAUGGAUUGGUUCCCAGAAUAUUCAUCGUGGCGGAUCAAGACCGUGCAAUAGUGUUGGACGUGCAAAAUUUCAUGAUCAAGAAUAAUCCACCAGAUGAAGUCAGAGUGAUCAGUGGUUCUGAUCACAUGGUCAUGUUCUGUAGACCAGUGGAGCUCUUCUCCCACCUCCAGAACAUUGCUGAGAAAUAUUCUUAAUAAGAAGUAUAUCUUGCGAAGUACCAUAAGCUAGUUCACUACUUCCUAGGAAUAAAACUACCUAGCUAGCUUAUAUCCAAAAGUGUACCAAUUUCAACUGAUUGGUAAAAUUUUGUGAAAUAUCACAGUGAUCUAUAUGCUAUUAGGCCUAUUCUCAUUUUUUAGUGAUCUUUCUACACACACACAUACUCUAGAAAAUCAGUACUCCUUAUACUCCUAAGGUGGAUGUAGUAGAUGAUGCAGUCCUCCUUACCAAGGUUGAAAUGCUGUGCCCAUAGUCCUAUACUGACAAGUUUUCUCUUCUUCUUUUUCGAUGGAAGUUUUCUCUUUGGUUUGGUUCCUGAUGAUGUAGUACAUAUAUUAAUAAACAGGAUGCACUGUCAUUAGUGAGGUUCUUUUUCCUCAAUUACAGGUGACAAAUAAGGAAUUAUGGAUCAGUUCCUCGAGUAUUCAUCAAGGCGGACAAGGACCA